GCGUCCCGGCUCCCCGGCCAUGGGCAGCCAGGAGGUCCUGGGCCAGGCGGCCCGUCUGGCCUCCUCCGGCCUCCUCACGCAGGUGUUGUUUCGUGGUAUCACCUUUGUCCUGAAUGCGUUUAUACUUCGCUUCCUGUCGAAGGAGAUCGUUGGCAUCGUGAAUGUGAGGCUCACCCUGCUCUACUCCACCAUCAGCUUCCUGGCCCGCGAGGCCUUCCGCAGGGCCUGCCUGAGCGGGAGGAGCCAGCGGGACUGGCCCCAGACCCUGAACCUCCUGUGGCUCACAGUCCCUCUGGGUGGGUUCUGGUCGGUGCUCCUGGGCUGGGUCUGGCUCCACUGGCUCGAAGUGCCUGACCCCAGCGCCGUCCCCCACUACGGAACCGGCGUGGUGCUGUUCUCGCUUGCGGCUGUGGUGGAGCUUCUGGGAGAGCCCUUCUGGGUCCUGGCACAAGCACAUCUGUUCAUCAGGCUCAAGGUGACCGCGGAGAGCCUGGCCGUGAUCCUCAAGAGCACCCUGACGGCCUGCCUCGUGCUGUGCUGGCCCCACUGGGGGCUGUCCAUUUUCUCCUUGGCCCAGCUUUCCUAUGCUGUGGCGCUGCUGCUCUGCUACGUCAUUUACUUCGCAAAGUUACUGGGCUCCCCGGAAUCCGCCCGGCAGCACAACCUUCCGGUCUCCAGCAUGAUGGACGUGCUACCCAGUCUCACCGGAAGUGGAGCUUUUGUAAACUGGGACGAGGCCAAACUGACUUGGAGUUUUUUCCAACAGUCUUUCUUGAAGCAGAUUUUGACAGAAGGAGAGCGCUAUGUGAUGACCUUCUUGAACGUGUUGAGUUUUGGAGAUCAGGGUGUCUACGAUGUCGUGAACAACCUCGGCUCCCUUGUGGCCAGGUUGCUGUUCCAGCCGAUUGAGGAGAGCUUUUACGUGUUCUUUGCGAAGGUGCUGCAGAGGGAGAAGCGCGCCACACUUCAGAAGCAGGAGGACUUGGCUGUGGCUGCCAUGGUGCUGGAGUCCCUGCUCAAGCUGGCCCUGCUGGCCGGCCUGACCAUCACUGUGUUUGGCUUUGCCUACUCUCAGCUGGCUCUGGACAUGUACGGAGGGGCCAUGCUCAGCUCAGGAUCAGGUCCUGCCUUGCUGCGCUCCUACUGCGUGUACGUCCUCCUGCUUGCCAUCAACGGGGUGACCGAGUGUUUCACGUUUGCGGCCAUGAGCAAGGAGGAGGUGGACAGGUACAAUGUCAGGAUGCUGGCCCUGUCCUGCACUUUCCUGGUGUUCUCUUACCUCCUGACCCGCUGGUGCGGCAGCGUGGGCUUCAUCUGGGCCAACUGCUUGAACAUGGGCGCUCGGAUCGCACAGAGCCUCUCCUUCAUCCACCGCUACCACCGGCACAGCCCCCACAGGCCCCUGGCUGGACUCCUCCUGUCUCCCAUGCUGCUUGGCGCCUUUGCCCUCAGCGGGGGCAUUACUAGUGUCUCAGAGGUGUACCUCUGCUGUGAGCAGGGCUGGCCAGCCAGGCUGGCGCACGUGGCCGUGGGGGCCCUCUGCUUGGUGGUGACGCUCGGGAUGGCGUUCCUCACGGAGACCAGGCUGAUCCACUUUCUGAGGACUCAGCUAGGAGUGUGCAGACCCGCUGAGAAAGCCCGGUGACAGCUGGAAGCUCAGAUACCAGCGUGGGCCAGCCAUGAGGCUGCUGAGUGGGUAGAGCCCCGUGUCUGCCAAGCAGGGCCCUGCUGAGGGGCUGCAGAGUGAGGCCCACCCAGCCCAUCACGAGGCCUCCCUGCUGGCCCUCUGCAGUCUUACCCUUGAGCGAGAACUCUUAUUGACAUUCAGAAUGAGAAGCCAUUUUUAGAGAGAAGUAUUUUCAUAUCAUUUUUUAACAAGCACCUUUAUGCCUUAUUA